AUGACAGAUUUAGAACCAAAAUCAAUUUUAUAUUGUGGAAUUUGUUCAUGGCCUCCUGAAUUUUGUGAAUUUGGACUUUCAAAGAAAAAAUGUCAAUCAUGGUUAGAAACAAAUGAUUCAGAACUUUAUUCAAAAAUUUAUUCAAGUAAUGAAUUACCAAAUAUUUCAACAUUAAGUUUAGAAAAAGAAGAUAAAUUAUCUAAAGAAUUAGCUAAAAAAGAACAUAAAGAAGAAUUAAAACAAGAAAGAAAUAAACAAUUGAAACUUCAAAGUAAAAUUACAAUUAAAAGAAUUGAAAGAAAUAAAAGAAAACAUAUUAUUUCAAUUUCAGGUUUAGAAAUUUUUGAAAUUGAUACUAAAAAAUUAAGUAAAACUUUUGCAAGUAAAUUUGCUACUGGUACAAGUGUUGUUAAAAAUGCUGAAAAGAAAGAUGAAAUUUUAAUUCAAGGUGAUGUAAGUGAUGAAGCAAAAGAAUAUUUAGAAAAAUUAUUAAGUGAAAAAGGUUUAGAUGAUGUUAAAGUUGAACAAAUUGAUGAUAAAGCAAAGAAAAAGAAAGCUCAAACUGCUUGA